AUGUCUGGGAUCAACAACGAAACUCCUCCUAAUGCUCUCAAGCCCUGGCAAGCACGGGCCUUGGCGAAAGACAGAACACCCUUGCCAGAAAGCCCUGGUUGUCGACCAUGGCUGGAAGCCAGCUCGACGCAAGAUGCGUCUGGACCUGGACAGCAAGCUACGGUAAUUACAGGGUCAUCCUUUGCUUUACUUCCCUCAACUACCGGGGAAGCCCUCUCCAUGUCGGAGGCUGAGACGAACAGCAACCAGGGCUACAAGUUCUGGAACCAAGACGAAGUGAAGCGCCUUAUCGAGCUGAAGAGGGAGGGCAAGUCAUGGAGAGAUAUCAGCGAUCACUUUCCUGGGCGGUCUAUCGAAGCGCUCAAGCAGACAUAUCACAAGCGAAGAUCAACUGCUGAAGAACAGAUGCGCCCAGUCGCCAAGGGAAAGGAAGAUCAGCCGGUGGAAUAA